GGAAGAGUGAUUUUUCUCUGUUAUUGGGAAUGAGUCGUUUUUAUAAUGGCUCCAAUCAGAAUAAAACAUAUCGUCUCGUUUACAUCACAGGAUAGUAAGAAUGGUGUGGAUAACCUGUGUGGUGAUGGAGGUGGGAACAGCAGACCAUGGUUAUGCAAUGCACAGGACCGCAGUGGAGUACUCAGAGUGGAAUUACAGAUGGAGCGAGCAUUUGUCAUAGGAUUCAUUGAUGUUGGGAACUGUGGCUCUGCAUUCAUUCAGGUUGAUGUCGGCCGCUCCUCCUGGCCAUUACACCAUCCGUACGUCACACUACUGCCCACUGCAACACUCAUGAGUCCAGCUGACUCAAAAGAGGGUACUGGCCGCCAAACUGUGCGCAUGUUCAAAAAAGCUGAUUUUCUCCCUCAGGUUGCUGAGGAGAGCUGGGACAGACUGCGAGUCACCUGCACUCAGCCAUUCAAUAAACGCUUGCAAUUUGGUCUGUCAUUUCUGCGCAUCCGCACCACAGAAGAUCAGGUCGAAGAGGCAGCAGACAAACAGGAAGGAGUUGUUCCUCAAAAUCUGUGCACACCAGAUAAGAUGAUAUCUGUGAGAGGGUGGCUCUCCAGCCCAGCUAUUCAAAACACAUUUUUUGGACGAAUCACAGGAGAUGGCUCCCCAAAUGAUGCCCAAACGAAGCCUGAGAGUUUUAGUUGGGCCGAGCGCAUGGUCAAAGCUGCCCAGACAAACAGUCGCUCCAUAUCAUCAUCCCCGUGCAGUACUGCAUCUAGUACAACUGCUCACAGAGACAAUGACAUGAAAACCCCACCAGAUUCUGGUGGACUCAGGACUUCCAGUGACAUUAUAAGGACCGCUCAGGAGCAGAGGAGGAAGUCAAAGGCACGCCAGAGCCUUAUAAACCAUGGCACAACAUUGAAGAGGUCCAGAGCUGCAGCUUUCACUGAUGAACCCAUAACAACAUCCAAAGGUGUCAGAACAAAGAAACAAGCCAGCAACAGCCCAGUGGACAUAAAGGAAUCCACCUGCCAUGCUCCACAGAGCUCUACUGAACCAUUAUCUCCUGAGACGCUAUGUCCUCUUUGUGGAGUAUCCUUCAGUCCUGAUUUCCUGCCACUCCAUGCUGCCACCUGCCUAGAUUCUGAUCCAGUUGAACUCUCGGGGGUCAUGAGCUCACGGCACUCUUUUCCUGUUUUUCACUCUGGCGCAGAUGAGCUUCUGGUUUCAUGUCCUCUUUGCUCCAUCAGAUUCCCUCCAGACCGCAUUCAGCAGCACGCCAGCACCUGCGGUGACACAGUAGAGCCCAGUAUCAUAUGGAUGAACAUGGAAAACCUCACGCCUGACCAAUGGCGCGAGAUUGUGAACAAGAAGUUAUGCUUCCCAGCGGAGCUCCUUGGUGCCAUCCGAGAGGGGAACAUUCACAUGAUCACUGCCCUGCUGAAGACGGGUGAUGGCAUCAUCCGUCAGCUGGACGACUCUGAGGACCGCCAAUGGAGAGAAGCACUCAACCUGUCUAUCAGGCUGGGCAACGAGGACACAAUGGACACCCUUCUUCAAAGCAUCAAGUUUGACUUCCGGCAGAUUCAUGAAGCUCUUCUGGUGGCUGUGGAUACCAACCAACCUCGUGUGGUCAAACGCCUCCUGGAUCGACUGGAUCAAGAGAAGGGGAACAAGAUGGAUGUGCGCUCUUUCUCUCAGGCCAUUUUUGACCACUCCAUUGAUGAUUCACAGUUUGCCCCUGGAGUGACACCAUUGACACUGGCCUGUCAGAAGGAUCUAUAUGACAUUGUGACAAUGCUCUCUCAGAAAGGUCACGUCAUUCCGUGGCCACACAAAAUGUCAUGUGCAUGCCUGGAGUGCAGGAAUGGGCGCCAAUACGACUUGUUGAAGUUCUCCUUGUCACGAAUCAAUACCUACCGAGGCAUUGCCAGCCGUGCUUACCUGUCUAUCACUGCAGAAGAUGCCAUGCUCAGUACCUUUCGACUAAGCAGGGACCUUCGCAAGCUUUCUAAGAAGGAACCUGAAUUUAAGCCUCAGUAUAUUGGUCUUGAGGAAUUGUGCCAGGAGUUUGCCGUGGAGCUGCUUGGAAUGUGCAGGAACCAAAGUGAGGUCACCACCAUCCUGAACAGCUGUGUUAGAGAUGAAGAGGACAGCGACGAUGAGCUGGACCAGCAGGCAUUUGAGGAGGGCAUUCCAAACCUGGCUCGCUUGCGGCUUGCAGUCAACCUCAACCAAAAACAGUUUGUAGCCCACCCGAUCUGCCAGCAAGUGCUCUCCUCCAUCUGGUGUGGAAAUCUGUCAGGCUGGAGGGGCAGCCGAACAGCCUGGAAACUCCUGGUGUCUUUAGGGAUUUUCUUGUCCAUGCCCCUCCUCUGCUUUAUCUAUUGGAUUGCACCAAAAUCAAAGUUGGGAAAGACUCUGAAGAUUCCAGUGAUUAAAUUUCUUCUCCAUUCUGCCUCAUAUAUGUGGUUUCUCAUCACACUACUGGGGGAGUCCAUUGCCAUGGAGAUGCACCGGGAGGAGUUUGCCUCUCGUGAGCAGAACAUCCUGCACAACUCCUUCCACAUGAUUUGGGUGAUUGGAUUUUUCUGGUUCGAGUGUAAGGAGGUUUGGAUUGAGGGCUUGAGGACAUACUUCCUGGAUUGGUGGAACUGUCUGGAUGUGAUGGUACUUAGUAUGUACCUGGCUUCAUUCGCCAUGAGAGUGGUCAUCAUGCUCAAGAGCUAUUUCGUGUGCCAGGAACCUGGGUGCCAGGACGAGUGUGUCUACUUCACCGAAACCUCACGUGAAGACUGGCAUCAGGAGGAUCCCCAGUUCAUUGCUGAGGUGCUGUUUGCAGUGACUAGCAUGUUGAGUUUCACUCGCUUGGCCUACAUCCUGCCAGCACACGAGUCUCUCGGUACCUUGCAGAUCUCCAUUGGGAAGAUGAUUGAUGACAUGAUGAGAUUCAUGUUCAUUUUGGUGAUCAUUGGAACAGCCUUCCUGUGUGGCAUCAACAAUACUUAUGUCCCUUAUGUGAUCUCUCCUCGUCUUGGAAGAUUGAAUGAGACCUUUCGGUUCCUCUUCUGGACCAUGUUUGGUGUUGCUGAUCAGACCAAUGUGGACAUGGAUGAGUUUGCUUUGGCUGAGCUUGUUGGGAGAAUCCUCUAUGGCAUCUAUACUCUGCUCAUUGUCAUUGUCCUUCUAAACAUGCUCAUUGCCAUGAUCACCAACUCUUUCCAGAAAAUUGAGGAUGAUGCUGAUGUAGAGUGGAAGUUUGCCCGUUCUAAGCUCUAUCUGAGUUACUUUAGAGAAGGACUGACAAUGCCUGUCCCCUUCAACAUCAUCCCCUCUCCAAAGGCCCUUUUCUAUCUUUUACGAGGAAUAUUCAGAAGGAUCUGUUGCUGCUGCCUCAACUGUAACUCGGCUCCAGACUACCCUCCAAUUGCAUCUCUGGAUGAUGGAGCAUUUGGUGAGAGCCGUAUUUCCUACAAGCAGCAGGUCAUCCGGGCCCUUGUUCAGCGCUAUAUUGAAUCUGCAAGGAGAGAGUUUGAGGAGACAAAACGCAAAGAUGUUGGGAACAGGAUCACAGAGCUGAGUAAAGUGGUUGCCCGAUUACAUGCUGAAAUGAAGCAGCUCCACAAUGCCAUGCAGGACAGCUCAGAUGACCCCAAAGCAGAUCCAUCAGAAGGCUCUUCUUUCCUGGGGAAGUACAUCCAUGGAGCCAAAAACAACUUUCGGGGCUUCAACAGCAAUGAGAGAAAGACUCCACCUUCACUAGUUCACCAUGAAGAGCCAAAGGCUGAUACAGAGGACAUUGGUGAUGGACGAGACACUGUGGAAGAGAGAGAUGGAGAGGAUGUGGACAUGCAAGAUUCACCAGGUAGUGACAUAGAAGCAAAUAGGAAGUCAAAUGAAGAGCCAAUCAGUGUAAAAGAGAAAGAUGAUGGUGUAGAGGGAGACAGAGUUGACACGGAUGUGACCAAUGGGAGAGAAGAGGAAGGAAAUGGGGGGGAUUUGGAAUUGAGUAAUGAUGGAGUCAUUGAGAUUAGUGUGGAGGAAGAAGCUGAAACAAAUAUAGAUAGUGAUUCACAAACAGUCAUAGAAAUAGAGUCAAACAUAGACACUGAAUUAAGUGGAAAAAGUGAAGAGCAGACAAUGAUGAAGAGAGAAAUUAAAGAGGAAUUUAGAACAGAUGAAGGUGAUACAUGGGAAAAUGUACAAGACGAGAUAAAAGAAAAUGCAGAGGGCUGUGAAAAUAAUGUAAGUACAGAAUAUUUAGAGGACAGAUCAGAUGAGGAUGUAAUUAAAAUAGUCAAUGAGGGAAAUGCAAGUGAGGACAAUAAGACUGAACUGAAUAAGAGAAGCUUGGUGAGUUUCAUGGCAAAGAGGAUAGAGGAAAGUAUAGAGAGGACAGGCCUAAAGGAAAUUAAUUUCAGUUUCAGUGGAAAGCAAGUAUCAUCUCCGACCGGCAGCGAUGACUCCCAGGACACUGGUUUUGGUUCUCAGGAAUUUGAUCUUGGAGCUAACAGCUCUUUAAAGACUGGGAUAAUUUUUCCAAGACAAGAUAGCUUAUGA